AUGCCUAAUGCAGUCUACAUCGGAGGGUUCCAGUGUAGCCCGGCCAAAGCUCUCCCCCCACACCUGGAGGACUUUGUUCAGAGCUCUGGCGAACACGGAGUCAUCCUCAUGUCUUUGGGGACCUUUGUGAAUGAACUUCCUCAGGAUCUGCAAGAUGGCAUCGCUGCUGCCUUUGCCAAACUGCCACAGAAAGUGAUUUGGAAACACAAAGGCUCCAGACCAACAACUUUAGGAAACAACACUUUACUUGUGGACUGGAUCCCUCAGAAUGACCUCCUGGGACACCCCAAAACCAGACUGUUUAUGGCUCAUGGAGGAACCAAUGGGAUUCAAGAGGCUAUCUAUCAUGGAGUCCCAGUCGUGGGUGUGCCAGUGUUCUUUGACCAAUAUGACAAUUUACUGCGCCUUGAGGAAAGAGGAGGCGCCAAGAUCCUUACUCUGUCCAAAGUUGAUGAAGAUAGCAUUCUAACUCAUGUCCAGGAAGUGUUAUCUAACCAAUCCUACAGGGAGAACAUGCAACGGCUGUCCAGGCUGCACAGAGACCAGCCAUCACUCUAG